UAUAUAUAUAUAUAUAGCUUUUAUCAGAGAAAUCACUAAUUUUUCGUUAGUAAUUGUAUGAAUCAUCCUGCAAGCUAAUCAUCUUUCUGGUCAUUUUGUUGACAGCAGUGGAAUAGGAGUAGAAUCUACUCAGUAGCACUCAGUAGAUAAUCAUUAUUUGCCAUCUUUGACGUUCGAACUGUCAUCGUGGUAUUCAUUCUUCUGUAUUUUCAACGUACUCGAAUUCAGUAAUCCUAAAUUCAAUUAAUACAAAAAAAAAAAAUUACGACCGUGACUUACUACGAAUGGUUAACUUUAUGUGUUAACCAGUGAACGAAUAACCUCUAACAACGAGGUUAUUAUUUGACACAGAAAAUAAUAUUCCAAUACUUUCAACCCCAUUGAAUUAAAACAUAAGUCACCAUGGAUAUUGGGUUCUCAUCGUACCACAAUGGUGGCCCUGCAAGGGAACAAGAUUUUGGUAGACUGUCUCAAACGAUUGGUACAUCAAUUUUGAAGAUAUCUCAAAAUGUGUCUUCCAUGCAAAAGAUGGUUAAUCAAUUGGGCAGCUCUACAGACUCCCAAGAACUUCGAAACCAACUGCAUCAGAUACAGCAUUAUACACAACAGUUGGCAAAAGAUACUAGCGUACUUCUUCGAGACUUAGCUAUAUUAGCUAAUAAUUCAGGCUCUACAAGUCCUGGGGAACAAAGACAACGUAAAAUGCAAAGAGAACGACUUCAAGAUGAAUUUACCAGUGCAUUAAAUUCUUUUCAAGCGGUACAAAGACUUGCAGCUUCCAAGGAAAAGGAAAUGGUUAGGAAAGCUAAAGCAAAUGCAGGUAUUGCUCCAUUUGGUGAGAAGAAGCAAGAGACAUUGAUAGAAUUACAAGAUAGUAGAACUCAGAAACAAACACAACAACAACAAUUAAAGGAGGAACAAAAUUUACGAAUGUUAGAAGAACAAGAAGCAAGCAUAAGACAGUUAGAGAGCAAUAUUAGUGAUAUUAAUCAAAUCUUUAAAGAUCUUGGUGCUUUAGUAUAUGAUCAAGGAGAAGUAAUUGAUUCUAUAGAAGCCUCUGUAGAAAGAACAGAAGUAUCUGUGAAUGAGGCUACUUCGCAUGUAAGGCAAGCGAGUAUGUAUCAGAAUAAACUGCGCAAGAAAAAAUGUGUACUCGUAGUUAUUGGAGUGGUCGUAUUGUCUAUAUUAAUCGGGAUCAUAACUUGGCAGAGUUCAUAAAACAUUUUACAUUCUGAACGAUACUCUUGCAUGAGUAACAAGAUGUAGCUGCAUUCUAAUUGCAAAGUAUAAUACUUGGUUGAUAUUUUUUUUUUUAAGAAGCUCCUUAUACAAUUAUGAUCGCUUUACGAGUACAUGGAAGGCAUAGUACUAUCAAGGGAAAUGAACACAAAGAGAAAACUUGCAUCGUUGAUGGUUAUUAACAACGCUCUUGUAAUUGUGAUAAUAAAUGGUGCAAGAUCUAUUUUACAAAAUAAAAUGUGCAAUGGCAAGUCUCCGACUGCCCAGUCCAUUUGUACGUUUCAUUACUCAUUGCAUAAUACUAAUGCAUAAAUAUUCAUAUAAAAAAGGUAUAUAAAUAUAUAUGUAUACUUACAUAGGUCUAUCGAUGGUAUAGUCGUGAUUAAUAUUCCAUAUAAUUUUAUUAAGUAUACUCGGAAAGUAUGGUGAUUCAUUUUAAACGAUGUCAGAGUGCGCUUUCAAUUUUGAAUCUUGUUUGAGUUGUGUGAAUCAGAGCGGAAUGGAUGUGCCGGUAUAAUCAUUAUAGAAGUGUGUAAGCAUGUUUCGAACGCCCUAAACGAAUAUUAAUAAGGAUACAUGGAACCGCAGAGAAUAUGAAUAGAAAAUUGAUGUAAGUUAAUGUAUUAUAUUUAAGAAUGUUGAUUUAUUUUAAUUAAAAUGUAAUAAAUCCAUGUAAAGCAAAUUACAUUACAUCAGAUUUGAAUUAAAA